AUGGCCUGCGAAGGGGCGGACAUUGACAACCACUCGACUACUCACGAAGCUUCGAAGCUUCCGGAAUCGAGACCCGAGAGCAGUGCUGACGCCCUCAAUGAAGCCCUGAACCUGACACGAAACCAGGCGCUCGGGAAUGCGCUCUACAUCGCGUGCGGGAUAAUAAUCUUCAUCGGGCUUGUGACGAGCCUCGUGACAACGGUGCGCGCACACAACUACGAUGGCGAGUCGCAGACGGCGCAGGUGCGGGACCGGCCGACACGGUUAAAAACAUGGUUCCGGCGGCGGUUCCUGCUGCCGGCGCUGUUCGGCGACCACCACAUCCGGCCGAUGGGGUACUACCAGUGGCCGACGCGCGGGCAGACGCUGAUGGUCUUUGGCUACCUCCUGCUCAACGUGCUGUUCCUCGCUACGGACUAUGUCGGCACCGGCCGCACGGUUAAGGCGGUCAGUGAUCGCGCCGGACACCUCGCGAUCGUUAAUAUGCCGAUUUACUUUUUGUUUGCGGGGAGGAAUAAUAUCCUCAUUUGGGUUACGGGUUGGCCCCAGAGGGACUUUCAGGUCUUUCAUAAGUGGAUCGGCAGGAUAUCGACGCUGGAGGCUAUCAUACAUUCGGCGGGUUAUGGCUAUUUUGCGGCGCAGAAUCAUUGGGAUAUGUCGAAAGGUGGGAAGAGAGAGGCUUGGUUCAAUGGAAUUGCUGCGACGUCAACGGUGUGCGCCAUGCUGUGCUUCAGCAUGAUGGCCAUGCGGAAGAGGUGGUACGAGUUUUUCCUGGUGGUGCACAUAAUCGGCGCAAUUCUUUUCCUGGCGUUUCUCUACGGGCACGUCAAAGAUUUUACGCAUCCGUAUUCGAUCUACGUCUGGGUCUGCGUCGGAAUCUGGGCGCUGGAUCGGAUCCUGCGCGUGGUGCGCCUGAUAAUCUUCAAUUUCCGCGGCCGCAACGUGGCAAAGGUGAAGUUGAUCCCGGGGACCACCACGAUCCGCCUCACCGUGCAUCCCAAGAUGGAAGACGUGGGCUUCGCACCAGGCGCGCACUACUUCCUGUACUUCCCGGACCGCUGGUGUUUCUGGGAGAGCCACCCUUUCACGGCAGCGGCAUGGCGCCCGGCGGGGCCCAGCCUGACCCAGGCGCCCGAGAAAGUCCUCGUGCUCCUCGAGAAGAUCUCAGCGAAGCGCGAGGCGCCACCGAACAACAAGCGGAUCCGCGAGCUCGCAGCCGACGAGAAGAUCACGAGCCUGCAGCUGCACAACACGCACGACACGGACACGGACACGGACCGGGAGAAGAAGCGGCCGUCCAAGCCCCGCGCGCCACGCAAAGACGCCGCCUUCGUCGUCACCACGUCCUCCGCGCGCCGCGGGCCCCAGCGCGCAAAACUCACCUUCCUGAUCCACGCGCGCCACGGCGUCACGCUCGAGCUGCUGCGCCGCGUCACCGCCGCGCCAAAUCACUCUAUCGAGCUCCCCUGCCUCCUAGAGGGCCCCUACGGCAUCGCGAGACCAGUGCAGGCCUUCCCGACGGUGAUCCUCAUCGCAGGCGGCGUCGGCAUCUCCACCGCCCUGCCGUACCUGCAGCAGCACCUCUCCACCGGCGUCGAGACGAGCCGCCGCUUCGUCCUCAUCUGGAGCGUGCGCGAUGGUUCGCUCGCCGAGAAGCUGCUCGCCCACAUCCGCGGCCUGGGGUUUAGGCAGGAUGUCGUCGUUAAGGUCUUUAUCACGCGCGCGAAGGAGGGGGACUCGUGGAGGCUGCCCGUCGGCGUGAAGGUGAGGUAUAGGAGGCCGAGGAUUGAGGAUACCAUUGUUAGAGAGGCGAGGGAGAGGGUCCCUGGGACGCCCAUGUGCGUCGUUGCUUGUGGUGGCGCGGCGGUGGUGGAUUGUGCGCGCAAGGGGAGUGUACUCGCCCUGGAGGAUGCGGGCGGUAUGAAGGGCACCGGAGAGAUUGCGUAUUGGGAGGAGGGGUAUGGGUGGUAGCGAACUGGGG